CUUCCUUGUGAAGAUGGCGGCUCCCCUGACUCUACUUUUGAUUGUAGCCGUUACGGUCCGCGCAGCUCUGUACAGAUCCAGUUUAGCGGACCUGAUCUCAGAGAGGGUGGAGGUGGUGUCUCCGUUAACCGCCUGGAAGAGAGUUGUUGAAGGAUUGGCUCUUCUUGACUUGGGAGUCUCACCGUACUCUGGAGAUGUUUUCCAUGAGACUCCUCUCAUCAUUUACCUCUUUCACUUUGUGGUGGACUAUGCAGAGAUAACAUUUAUGUUGGCAGAUGUGAUCACUGCUGUGGCUCUCUACAUGAUAGUGAAGGACUACAACAAACAAGUGUUCAGGAAGCAGAAAUUUGCUCUGGAGGCAGACCGCUAUCCCCUCGACUGUCUGGAGCUCAUCAGAAGCCCAAAAGAGAUGUACUACAUCCCUCUGAAAGUUGCCAUGUUUUACCUGUUGAACCCGUUCACCAUCCUGUCCUGCGUCGCCAAGUCAACCUGUGGCCUGAACAACGCCGUCAUCGCCCUCUUCAUCCUCGCUACAAUAAAAGACAAUGUUUUGCUGAGUGCCAUAUUUCUGUCCUUGGCCACAUAUCAGUCCAUCUAUCCUCUCACUCUGUGCGCUCCAGCGCUGCUCUAUUUGAUGCAGCAUCGGUAUAUCCCACUGAACUUCCGGCGGUUCAGCUUCUGGUGGUUCAUCGCUCAGUACGCCUUCAUGUACCUGGGCAGCCUGUUCGUCAUCAUCUGCCUCUCCUUUUUCCUGCUCGGCUCGUGGGACUACCUGCCGUCUGUCUAUGGCUUCAUUCUCUCAGUACCAGACCUGACCCCAAACAUCGGCCUCUUCUGGUAUUUCUUCGCUGAGAUGUUUGAACACUUCCGCCUCUUCUUCCUCUGCGUCUUCCAGAUCAACGUCUUCUUCUACACCAUCCCGCUGUCCAUCAAACUCAAGGAGCAUCCGGUGUUUCUUAUCUUCAUGCAGUUAGCUGUGAUCUCCAUCUUUAAGUCUUACCCCACUGUGGGAGACAUCGCUCUCUACAUGGCCUUCCUUCCUGUCUGGAGUCACCUGCACAGAUUCUUGAGGAACAUCUUCCUGGUGUCCUGCGUCCUGCUCGCUUGUUCCGCUCUGUUCCCGGUUCUCUGGCACCUGUGGAUCUACGCUGGCAGCGCCAACUCCAACUUUUACUACGCCAUAACACUGCUGUUCAACGUAGCACAGAUUCUGCUGGUGUCAGAUUAUUUCUACGCCUUCUUGAGAAGGGAACACCAUCUCAGCUACGGACUGUAUCUGAAGAGGAAAGACGGCUCAGAGGCAACACUAGUUCUUAAAUAAAACACACACACUCAUACACACAUCGCUACACAUACACAUACGCUACCAGGCUGGCGGCCUCGACCAGGAAUGGAGAAACUGCUGGAGGUCUCAUGUAUCCACAAAGGGAACAAACACAAACUGAGGAGGAUAAAAGACCGUCAGAGCCACAGUUAUCCUCCGAACACAUGCAGGGAGUGUGUGUGUGUGUGUGUGUGUGUGUGUCUGGUACAACGUCAUAUGCAAAGUCACAACACUCAACAUGUCAGACACAUGCAGAGAUGGGAUAUAGAAAUCUUGUUCUUGCCAUGCGAGACAAACAAACAACAACUUAACAUCCUUUUUUCACUUUCUCCUCUGGAGCACUCUUAUUUUGAAGCCUCACCCUUACCUGGAACCUGCGCCUGCAAGGGUGGCUUUUAUUUUGAAGCCUACUUCCUCCUGACAGCCACACCUAGAAGAAUUUUAUUUUGACGCACUGUUUAUCCCGCUGCUCCACCCUGGACAUCUUUUACUGCGAAGCACCAGCUCUCACACAGAUUUUUUUUCUUGAAGGAAGUCACUCUGCUCUGCUGGGGCUUUUAUUUUGAAGCCUCUUUAAACAUCAAAAGUUGGAAACUCCCUCUGAUUUGAUAAUUUCUGAUAUCCAUAUUUUAUUUGUGUUGUUUUAUGUUUACCUGAUUACAUUUAAGGUAAAACUGGUUUGCUUUUUUGGGGGGAAACUAUUUUCAAAAGUUUGUCUGGAAGCCUACAAAUCUGUCUUUCUUUCUUUUUCCUCACUCUGUCUUACUUUCACUCCUUUUUAUUACACAGUUGGCUCUUUAAUGAACAAACUCCUGAUUAUCAGUGUUGCAUCUCGCCUAAAGUGAAAACCAAUGCUUACCUCAUCAUGGUACAUAAAACUUAACUUCAGCCUCCUGAAAACAGAGAUAUUUAUUUAUAAAUCACUCCGCCAACAAAAAGCUAGUCUCAUAGAAACAUUUGUGAAUGUGUUUAAACAACUGAAGUGCUGAAGGAGGCUCAACAGUGUUUUGUGUUUGUGAAAAUUACAAUUUCAUCAUUUUAAUCCCCAUGAAAGUUUUCACAAAGGACACAUUUCCUGUCACAAAGCAAAAGUGUGGGCUCAUAAUGUGCCACCUAACUAAUCACUAAAGGCAUAAAGGUUCUGUAUGUAACUUCAAUCAUUUUAAAUAGCCAGUGCAUGAACAGGUUGUAAAGUCCCUUAAAAACGGAGACAUUUCCCAACUUCCUCUGUUGCCUGUAACAACCUGUGAACAGCAGUGUUCAGUGUGAGAGAAUCCAAAGGAUGUGACGCGAUGUACAUGCUGAACCUUAACCAAGAAAUCCCUUUCUGGCAAAGAACCCUCAAGAUCAGUGGUCCCCAGCUGGUCCAGCCUCGGGGUCCAGAUUUCCCCUUAGUCAUUAGUUCAAGGUCCACACAGUUUAAUACAUUGAGCAUCAUACUUGCGUUUGGCCAUGUCGUCAAACUAGUUUGCUGUCUCUGUCAAGGAGUUGUCCCUUAGUCACUUGCUCCACAGCAGAAAACAGCACUUCAAGGUAAAAGCUUUGUGCUGGAAAUUCACUGUACUUAAAAAUAAAGUGUGAUUUUUACAAAUGUAACACGCUUGCGAGUCACUUGUGGUCCAUUCAGAAUGGACUUGCGACCCCCCAGUUGGGAACCACUGCUAGAGACAAACUUCUCCCAACAGCGUGCAACAUUAGCUAAAGUUAGCUUAAAAAUGGUCCGCUAGCAUCAACAAACAACUGUCACCCGCCACAUAUACUCCGUUUCUGUGAUAUAAAUUUUGCAGCAGCAGCUCGGAGACAGACUUCACGGCUGAGGUUUGCGCUGACUGAAGGUCCAUCUGCCGAGCUGCCGUCUGCUCUCCCCCCAGUGAUGUUGGGAGCGUUCGUAAGGCCUUCGUCCAAUUUGAUGUCAUUUGAAGUAACGGAGUGUUUUAUUUCCACAUGAAUUAAAAAACGGUUAAAUAUUAAUCACACAUUCACUCUGUGCGGCGCUCUGCUGCUUGAGGAGUGUAGUGUACGAAUAACAGAUUGAUACAUUCCAACAGCGCUCCCAAUUUAUGAACGGUCCAGUUGGUGCCAGAGUGCGCUCUGAGCAGCGGGGUGCGCUAGCAAAUUCUUGUCUCAUUUUUGGACUGAUGAACAGUAAAUUCAUUAAAUUCAGUGUCCCUUUGUGUUAAAAAAAAUAUGACAUGAAAUAUUGUGAUUGUGUGGUUUAAGCUGGCUGAUGCUAACUCAUGCUAGCGUCCAUGCUAACACAGAAGAAUUGCUAGGUAGCUAAAGUAUCAAAAUACUGUAUUCAGUGGACAUUAGCUAUUUCAUCCGGACUCCUGGGGGUGGUUAGAAAAUUAGUUUAUCAGCUAAUUUUAGGAAACAAUCAAUGCCAGGUCCAUGCAGCGUAGUUAGGUUACAGCUCGCUGCGCGGCCAACAAGCUAACAAGAUUAGAGAGCUAGCUGUAAAGCUACGCUGCGUGGUUUCCUUGAUUAAUGGAGUAGUUAUAUGAUUUAUAUCGAUUAAUUGUUGCCGCUCUAAUUGGGACAGGGCUCAUGUUAUUCUCAUCUUUCAAUCUGAUUGUUUUUCCUUAAUGUGGAAACAAGAAAACCACGACUGUAAUCAAGAAUGUGCUGCUUGUACAACAACUCUGCCUUUUAGAAGCUACUGAUGAACAUUUUCUUAGAAACCUUUCUUUAGGGAUUUAAGUCACACCCUUAAAAUAAGCCUUAAACCACCUCAGAGGUGUUGGGACACUGAUCUAAAGCUCAUUUUUAUUUUAAUGUUGUUCUCUGACGUCCACAGAUUAAUGUUUUUGUUUAAUAAUUGUGAAAAUAAUCAUUUGAUUAACAACAAAUUUCCCAUAGAAAAGACCCAUAGAAAUCAUUUUCACAUCAUCGUCUAAAUACAAGCAUUAACUGUUUAUUAUUGUGAACUGUAUUUUAAUACAAAAUGAAAAUAAGAGCUCACUGUACAAUUACAUAGAAAUGUUAUCUGUGCAACACAAACACAAGUCUGUUCAGUUGUUUUUUAAACCACUCAUCUGUCUGAGCAGAACUUCAGUGAUGGCCAUUUUGAUACCAAUGAGUGAAGUGAUGAUAUUUAUUUAUUUUGCUGCACUAAAAACUUUGCAAAGAGAUUUAAAUUGUUUUCUUUGAUUAUUUUUAUUUUAGAUAAAGGCGGAGCUCUUCUGUUGUUUUUGAUACUGUAUAUAUUUGUGUUUUGUUUUGUUACAGAUAUUAAAAAUAAAAGGUUUGAAAGGGGUGAUGUUAAAUUUUAUGAAUGAGUGAACAUGUCAUAAAUAAUGGUUAUUAAACUUGAGGUGUUGAUUUUG